AUGAGUCAUUUACUAUCGCGAACUGAAAUAAUUCACUCCUUGGAAGGAAUUCUGAGUGCCUCAUGUGAGGAACAGUGGGACAGACUAAAAUCUUUGGUCCAGUCAACUGUGGCAGUCAACAACAACUCGCUGCAACGAGAGAGAUUCAUCGCUAAUCUUCGCUUUGAUGUCGGAAACAACAAGAUCUCUUCGAAGCUCGACAGUUCUGUUGUAGACGUUAACGCGCAGGCCAUUGCGGCCAGAGUUAUCAAGACCGAAUCGAUUUCCUCAGAGGAGUCAUCCGCUACACAGUCUGUGCAGUAUCAAGAGAUUGUGUUGGCAUGGUUCACCGACGGUCGACUGUCAGCCAUCAAAUCGUUACAAGACAAUGAUGCUCGACGUGCCAGACAGCAUCCAGCGACGGCCACACCAACAUAUCUCCUAGAAAAUCCGAGCCCCAUGAGUGUUGAUCUAGGUUCAAUUUAUCGCCAAUACAUCGGAAGCAUCAACGAAAAAACAAUGGAGGCCACCUUUGAAACAUUCUGCAAGCCGUCAGUGACGCAUAAUACCCACAAGAAGACCAUUACGGAGUAUAUUUGCCUGAUCCAAGAAAGUCAGGAAGCCAUCCAGGGCUUGUAUUUUGACAUUCAGGAUCUGAUCGUCGACAAAGAUUCUGGCCGGGUCGCUGCUAGGCUGGAAUUCACAGGUGUUCCAGUAAAAACUUGGGCCGACGCGGAACCCAACGGACAAAGCGUCAAGUUUCAUGAACAUGUCAUGUAUUGGUUUGAGCAAGGCAAAAUUCACUGGGUCUGGUCUAUUGUGGAUUUAGAUACAUAUCGGGAACAGUGUCGCGUCAAGAAUUAG